AAGUGUACAGCAUCGCUGAAGCAACUUGGAGCGGCAAUAUCUCACUCAUCAUGAGUCACUCUGGACUAAGGAACACUUCUACUUCUUACAGACGCACUUUUGGGGCUCCUCUUCUAUCCCCAAUGUCUUACUCCUCUUCUUCUAGAUAUUCAACCUCAAGGCACUUGGGGAGCCCCUCCCCAGGCCCCUCCAGUCGUUCCUCAUCAGCCUACCGGGUGAGGUCCAGCACCCCAAUCCGGGUCACAGACAGGGUGGACUUCUCAGUGGCUGAGGCCCUCAACCAGGAGUUCCUGACCACACGUAGUAAUGAAAAGGCAGAAAUGCAAGAACUCAAUGAUCGCUUUGCCAGUUUCAUUGAGAAAGUCCGUUAUUUGGAGCAGCAAAAUGCUGUGCUGGUGACUGAGAUCAAUCAAGCCAGGUCUAAGGAGCCCACAAGGGCUGCAGACCUGUGCCAACAAGAGCUGAGAGAAUUGAGAAGACAGCUGGAUGCCCUGGGCAAGGACAAGGACCGUAUCCAGGUAGAAAGAGACAACUUGGCUGAGGAUCUCAGUUUUCUCAAGCAGAGACUAGAUGAAGAAGUCCACAAGAGAGAAGAUGCUGAGAACAAUUUAGUUCUGUUCAGGAAGGAUGUAGAUGAUGCAACCCUCUCCCGCUUGGAGCUUGAAAGAAAGAUUGAAUCUCUGAUGGAUGAAAUAGAAUUUCUAAAGAAACUUCAUGAUGAGGAAAUCCAAGAUGUGCAAGUCUCUGUAAAUGUACAAACCGUUCAUACAGAAAUUGAAGCAGCCAAGCAACCUGACUUGACUUCUGCUCUUCGAGAUAUUCGCAGCCAAUAUGAGAGCAUUGCUACCAAGAAUCUGCAAGAGUCUGAGGAGUGGUAUAAAUCCAAGUUUGCUGACUUGUCUGAUGCUGCAAACCGCAAUAAUGAGGCAUUGCGUCAAGCCAAGCAGGAGAUGAACGAAUCCCGACGACAGAUCCACAGCUUGACCAGUGAAAUUGAUGGACUUAAAGGGACAAAUGAAGGUCUGAUCCGUCAGAUGAAGGAGAUGGAAGAACAAUUUGGGUUAGAAGCAUCGAAUUAUCAUGAUACCAUUGGACGUCUGGAACAGGAAGUGCACCAUAUGAAAGAGGAAAUGGCUCGUCACUUGAGAGAAUACCAAGACCUCCUCAAUGUCAAGAUGGCAUUGGAUAUUGAGAUUGCAACUUACAGGAAACUCCUGGAAGGCGAAGAAAGCAGGAUUGUUGUACCGAUUCAUUCCAUGACCUCUUACAGUAUCAAAAGCCCAGCAGCUCAUGAAAUAGACCAUAGCUCUGAAGUUCACACCAGGAAAACUGUUGUGAUUAAAACUAUAGAGACUCGAGAUGGAGAGCAGGUUGUGACUGAAUCCAGGAAGGAGAAGUCUUCUGAAGGGGAGAAGUAAAAUACCCAUGUAACACCCCUAAAUAGUCCACGGAGCAGCUUGUGCUACACUAAAUUAGAGACCUUUUUAAUUUUGAAUGUCAUUUAUGUGGCAUUCUGGUGUCACCAAUAUUUGUUUCGGUCAUGGUAAAACAUCUCUAAAGUGCCUAUGUCCCAUAAUUGUGUAUGUCUAUAUAGUCUAAUGAUUUCUCAGACUAUGAAUAUAUGUACAUGUGUUUACCCAUUCAUCUUCUCACCUCCUGAGAACAUUUCACCAAGUUUUAAAUGUAACUGUUAUUUAAUACAUGGGUGUACAGUGGACGCAAAUACUGGAUAUAUUACAUUAGUGUAUUCUAUGAGAGGAAGGUAAAUAUCACAGCUAUAGCAGUAUGGCCUCACUUACCUGACUAGUUGAUUUUAAGCUGCUUUCAAUGGGACAGCGUCUCAUUUAGACCGGAGUGAGACAGUGCCACAGACAUGGAAAAUAUAACUAAAAAGUGGCCCCUUGUUGUAGAUGGGCCCAAAUUGACAGAAGACGGAGCAAAUCAAGUAGGCAAAGCCAGCAAUACCGUAGUGCAGAACAAUAUACUACUCCAGCAGAACCAAAUGCCACAGUACAGCACACAAUACUGCCACUUGUGCUACAGUAUUCAACCUUAUUGCCAUCCUGAGGACAGUAAUACAGUUGAAUUCAGGAGGGCACCUGCUGCUGUUGGCUAGGUGCAUAGGAGAGAAUCAGAUCGUAAUGUACCCGGCUGGCAGCCCUCUAGGCAACAGGGAAAUUUCCUUGUGGGAUCUAUGGCCAGCCUGCCUUUGGCCACAGAACUCUUCUGUGCGGUGGUGUCUCUCUUUGGUCUCAGGAAGACACUGUCCUGUUGGAAACUAUGAUGCAGCCUGGUCUCGUGGGAAGUCUAAGUUCUUGCGAGAUCACGCUGCAACAGGAGUCACUUCAGAUUAACAUAAGUGGCAACAGGAGUCUCGGGGGACAUUACUCCAAAACAGGUGUAAUGGGAAGCAUGGCCAACUAGAAAAUACAAAUAGCUCCCUUUUUUGGAUUGGUGACAGGUCCUGUUUAAAUACAGCUGUAAAGCAACUUUGGUGCUAUAUAUUUCCUUCCUGUCUGUACUGAAUGGGACACUACCCUUUAGCAUUAUAGUAAUGUGCAUUACAUGUGCCAUGUCUGCUUAACCAGCUAAUAAA